CUUCUUACAAAAAACGUCUGCUCGAAGUCUGAUUUUCUGGUGACCGUCAAACGCUCUGAAGGUUUAUUCGCGCCGCGAUGCGCCAUUUACUAAGCUCUGCAAGCAUUCGUCAGUACGAUAAAUGGUCUCUUGUAUCAUCACACGCCAAAAAACCGGCACUGGUAUGUGCCUCAAAACAUACUAAAAGUGCUGUCAAGUUACAGUGCACUUCUCGCGGAAGUUCAAAUCGAACGAUCCAGUUGCUACUUUUCCAACAAUUCCGGCCGGCUAAACGUGGAAAGCUCCUCAUUACGCGCGCGGACUCAUUUGGGACCCUAAGCGAACGCCUAAACAGUGCCUGGUCUGCGCUGAAGGAUGAGGACGACUUAAGUGUUGAAAACAUAAGUUUACCUCUCAAGGAUAUCCGCCGAGCACUUCUCGAGGCAGACGUGUCCCUCCCAGUUGUCCGUCGCUUCAUUAAAAGUGUAGAGGAGAAGUCCAUCGGCGUCAAGGUUACCAAAGGUGUGAGUGCAUCACAACAACUUACCAAGGUUGUCGCGGACGAGCUUUGUGAGCUCAUGGGAGGGUUUGGUGGAGACAAGCUUAUUUUCCGAAAAGAAGGAGAAGGGCCAACAGUCAUACUGAUGGCAGGCCUGCAAGGUGUUGGCAAGACCACAGCCUGUGGAAAGCUUGCGCUGUUCCUUAAGGCGCAGGGAAAACAAAGUCUCCUCGUUGCUACAGAUGUGUAUCGCCCUGCUGCUAUUGACCAGCUGAAGAAACUAGGUGAGCAGAUAGACGUGCCCGUAUUCGAACUGGGGACUGAUUUUAGUCCUCCAGACAUAGCCCGCUCAGGUGUUGAAAAGGCAAAACUAGAAAAUUUCGAUGUCGUGAUUGUAGAUACUGCUGGCCGGCUUCAGGUCGACGAGAUGCUCAUGGCGGAGCUCUUGGCGACGAAAGCAGCAACUAGGGCAGAUGAGACGCUACUGGUGGUGGAUGCCAUGACUGGGCAGGAAGCAGCGUCGCUCACUGCUGCAUUCAAUGACGCGGUUGGCAUUACUGGCGCUGUUCUGACAAAAAUGGACGGAGACACCCGCGGUGGUGCUGCGUUAUCUGUCCGAGAGGUCAGUGGUAAACCUAUAAAAUUUAUUGGCUCUGGUGAAAAGCUGGAUGCUCUGGAGCCCUUCUUUCCGGAAAGAAUGACUACUCGAAUACUUGGUAUGGGUGAUGUAGUAUCCUUGGUUGAGCGUGCUCAGGUGGCAGUGAAAGAAGAGCAAGCUAACCUGAUGCGCGAUAAGAUAUUGAGUGCAACAUUCGACUUCAAUGACUUUUUAUCCCAGUUAGAGAUGAUGGGCAAAAUGGGUGGGAUGGGCGGGCUCACAAAGAUGAUGCCAGGAAUGAACACAAUGAGCGACAAGGAGUUGCAGGAUGCUGAGAAAUCGCUAAGUGUCGCAAAAUCUCUCAUCAUGUCGAUGACUCCGCGGGAACGUCAAUUUCCCGACCUUCUUGUUGCAGGCUCAAGUGCAGCUUCACGUCGGGGGCGCGUCGUUGAGGGCUCUGGACGGUCUGAUAAGGAUCUCGCCAACCUGAUUGUCAUGUUCGGCAGUAUGCGUGUAAAGAUGCAGAGCCUGUCAGCUCAAAUGAACGGGACAGCUAAAGAAGUUGGACUCGUACCACAGUUAAGCGAGGUUGACUUGAAUAAGCUGGCAUUUGAGGGUGUUGGGAAAAGAGUGUCUCCUGGGAUGGUGCGGCGCCGAAAGCUGAACGCAUCAUUUGGGUGACGGAGGCUGCUGGAUGUCUGGUGGUUCUUCAACUCCGUACGUAUCGGCCAUGCCAUGCAACUAGGACGACCAUUUUGUGACUAAUAGCGGUUGGGUUGCAUCUGCAGAUCUCUCUGCUUUGCUCGUUUUUUUUGUGAUAGUCAGCCAGAUAAGUCCUGCACUAGAAAUAUGUUGUGAUUAAACGUUGGAGGCUGCCCGAAUUCUGACAACUAGAAUUCUCGCCAAUGGCUAUCUUACGUACAGGAUGUGGAAAUGAAAAGAACGCAUGAUAAUGACCAGUGAAAUCAACCAUAGGAUCGGCUUAUAUCUAAAUGAAAUAGUCUGCAAAAAAUACGAGAAAGGCAAGAGUU